AUGAAUUCUCAUUAUGGUAGUUCAUCUUAUUUGGUAUCGUCUUCUUCUUCAGAUGAUGAUAAUGAUUAUUAUGAUGAUCUAGAAAAGCAUGACAAUUACUUCAUCCAACGAAGAGAUGGACUCGCUAAGCUCAGGUUAUCGGGUCUACAAAAAGUAACAACCGUAUUUCGAAUGUUGGCAUAUGGUGUACUGGCAGAUGCUACCAACGAGUACAUCAAAAUAGGAGAAUCUACUGCUUUAGAAAGUUUGAAACGAUUUUGCAGUGCUGUUAUCGAGGUAUUUGGAACCCGUUAUCUCCGAUUACCUAACGCUGAUAAAGUUGCAAGGCUACUGUACAUUGGUGAAAGUCAAGGUUUUUCAGGAAUGUUGGGUAGUUUAGAUUGUAUGCAUUGGAAAUAG